ACAUACAUCCAACUAUAUUUAAGCUUUGUGUAACAUUUUAAUAGUUUCACUUAUAUCUUAAUAUCGUUUCAUAACAGACUUCUAAAUAUUUUAUGCUAGUUUACACUAAUAGUUAUUAACUCAUAAAUGUAUCAGAGAUUUGGAAACAAAAUAUACUACCAACUAUAAAAACAAACAAACAAAGAAUGACACACAUACUCCUAAUCCAACGUUGAAUAAUUUAUAUGCCACAUACACACAUGUUACAUUUUUUGAGGUUUCAUCAUCAAAUUAUAUUGUGAGACACAAGACAUAAAAAACAACAGAAGUAACAGAAAGAGGAGGAAGAAUUCCAUACAAGAUGUCAGGCUCAAAAGAUCCAUUAGUGAUAUCAUUUGGUGAGAUGCUGAUAGAUUUUGUUCCCGACACAUCUGGUGUAUCCUUGGCUGAGUCUCAUGCUUUCAUCAAAGCUCCUGGUGGUGCCCCUGCCAAUGUUGCUUGUGCUGUUUCCAAACUUGGUGGCAAUGCUGCCUUCAUUGGCAAGGUAGGGGGGGACGAGUUUGGAAGAAUGCUAGUUGACAUCUUGAAGAAAAAUGGGGUGAAUACGGAUGGUGUUUGUUUUGACACUGAGGCUAGAACAGCGUUGGCUUUUGUGACAUUGAGGAAAGAUGGAGAAAGAGAGUUCAUGUUUUAUAGAAACCCUAGUGCAGAUAUGUUACUGACAGAAUCUGAAUUGAAUAUGGGUUUGAUUAAGCAGGCCAAGAUAUUCCAUUAUGGAUCUAUUAGUCUUAUUUCAGAGCCAUGCAGAUCUGCUCACAUGGCUGCCAUGAAUGCUGCUAGAGAAGGUGGUGCUUUGUUGUCCUAUGAUCCAAAUGUGAGGCUCCCUUUGUGGUCUUCUCCUGAUGCUGCUAGGUCUGGAAUCAAAAGCAUUUGGUUUGAUGCUGAUUUCAUCAAGAUGAGUGAUGAUGAAGUUGAAUUUCUUACACAAAAAGAUCCUAAGAAUGAAGAUGUUAUUAUGUCUCUGUGGCAUGACAAGUUGAAGAUGCUUCUUAUCACUGAUGGAGAAAAGGGUUGUAGAUAUGUCACUAAGAACUUUAAAGGAAGGGUAAGUGGAUUCUCAGUGAAGGCAGUGGACACAACUGGUGCUGGUGAUUCUUUUGUUGGUGCACUUCUCACAGCUGUGGCUAGGGACACUUCCAUAUUUGAUAAUGAACCAAAAUUGAGAGAAACUUUGACAUUUGCAAAUGCUUGUGGAGCAAUGUGUACAACACAGAAGGGAGCCAUUCCUGCACUUCCAACCGCGGAAGAGGCUCAGAAAUUUAUUUCAAGCUCUAAAGCCAAUUAAUCAGACUUUCCUUUGAAAUUUGAUGAUAGUCCAGAAGACUAACUAUACUCAUUCUCAUUUCAAAUUUUUUCCUUUAAUAAGCCUUUGAUGACUUUAAAAGUUUUGUUUUUGUGUUUAUCAAUAAUAAAAUAGUUAGCACUCAUAAAGGAACAUGAACAUUAUUCUUUGCUUAUUUUCUAAAAAACCACAUGGCAACACCAUUGUGUCAACUCACUUUUUCAUGUGGAGAAAUGCCUUAAAUCCAAUUUAUGCAGCAGUGUUAU